AUGACAAAAAUUUUUGUUUCAAGAAAAUUUGAUGGGUCUUAUGAAAAUAUUAAAUGUAUAAAAUGCAAGCGUAGAAGUCGUAUUAAUAGUUCACAUAUAUGUUAUUAUUGUUAUGGCAUGGAUUCUCUAAUUUCUAACAGUGGAAAUAUAAACAUUGAUCGUUUCAUCAAAGAAACACAAUCACCAAAUAAUAGAACUGGUGAUCCACAUUUGAUAUGGGCUCCUUUCGAAGAGUUUAAAGAUGUAGAGAAAAUUGGGCAAGGUGGUUUCAGUCAAAUUUUUAAAGCUACUUGGAAAAUUAAUAAAGGUAUAAGUGAUAAAGGUACUGUUAAGCGAUCAUCAAAACGAGAAAUUGUUUUGAAAGUAUUAAAUAACUCUCAGAAUGUGGACACGGAAUUUUUAAACGAGGAUCAAACCAUAAUCAUUAAAGAUUAUCUAAAUCGCUGUGAAAUUGCGUUAGAAUUUAAUAAAGCCGAAAAAAAACGACUUGAAAUGAUCAAAUCCAAAAAACCAUUUGUAAAAAAUCCAGGAUAUGAGCAUCCCAAUUCUAAAUAUUAUAGCACAUCAUUAAAUUCCAUGUUAGAAUCUAUAAAUCCGACAGUAUCAGGUAUUUAA